AUGACGAUUAUUAGUUGGAACUGCCAAGGGGCAGCGUCUAAGUCCUUCCUUAGAGCUGCCAAACACAUUAUUGCUACUUACAAACCAAAGCUUAUGUGUCUUCUUGAACCAAAAAUAUCAGGCAGUGAAGCAGACAAAGUUUGCAGGAAGCUAGCUUUGGACCAAUGGAUGCGGAUUGAAGCUCUAGGAUUCAGUGGUGGUAUCUGGAUUAUGUGGAACGAAUGUUGGAUAGUGGACAUUCGUUUAACCCAUCCACAGUUCGCGUUGGUGGAUAUCAUUUAUGAGAGUAACAGAAAAUGGAAUCUGGCAUGCGUCUACGGAAGCCCUUCAUUACACCUCAGGAACAGACUUUGGGAGAACCUUGGAAGAGUUCAAGGAAGUAUUGAGGGACCUUGGAUGGCAAUUGGUGACUUCAAUUCAAUUACAUGUGCAGAAGAGGUCAGUAAUCCAGAUACAUUUGCGGCUAAUAGAUGCACCAAAUUCAAAGCUUGGCUUGAUAGAGAAGGAAUGGUGGACAUAGGAUUCUCUGGCCCCAAGUUUACAUGGACAAGAGGCAAAAACUCAGAGCACUUUAGGGGUGCUAGACUUGAUAGAGCAGUUUGUUCUCCAGAAUAG